AUGUCGUCCUUGUCGAGUUCCGUCUCCUCAGCCUCGUCCAAUCCUCCCGCCACCCGCGCCCAUCAGGUCUUCGCCGCCCCCGAACGUCCCCCGACCAGACCCCAUGCGAAUUCCUACAGCGUCGUAGGGGCCAGCGAGGCGGGUCCUUCUUCGUCCCAUUCUUCGGAACGACGUGCGGAGAGAAGGCGGUCCACCCUCUCUGGCUCCGACCGCAAGAGACGACUGGUACAUGAUGGCGAGGCCUGGCUGAGACGCGCGCAAUCCGGAGACGGCGUGGAAGCCGGACCUAGUAGGAGACUGUCGGAUUCGAAUAGCAGGUCUAUUUCGAGCGGAUCCUCGCAUACUAGACGUGAUGCCCACCAGCCCGGCGCGUCGUACGCUACGGCCAUCGACUUGUCAUCGUCCUCACCGCCGCGGCAGCAGCACCACUCGCCGACAGGCGAGCGGCGUAGUUCGUGGUCUCGCACGGGAAAUAACUUUUUGGAAUAUAUACGUCCGCGCUGGCAGCCUGACACGGAGGUGACGGAAUGUCCCAUCUGCGAACAACCCUUCAGUUUCUGGUACCGCAAACACCACUGUCGAAAGUGUGGGCGGGUAGUGUGCUCGUCAUGCUCACCGCACCGGAUCACCAUUCCGCGGCAAUUUAUCGUCCGGCCGCCAGGUUCGCAGCGCUCGUCCGUGGCGCCCUUGGUUCCACCCCGCGCUGCUCAGCUCUUGGACGCGGACCUCAACCCCAACGCUGCCAUCAACCCGGCUCUGGGAGGCGGCGAGGAGGUGCGACUUUGUAACCCGUGUGUGCCUGAUCCUAACCCCGAUCCUCCCCGUGGAUACACCACCCUCCGAUCUUGUCCAGGCCAAACGAAUCAGUCCCGGCAUCGAUCUUACCACUCGAUGUCGAUUCCUAGUAGACCGUCUUAUACUGCAACUCAUGACAACUUCUCUUCCCGGCCUGGCCGCCGAACGGUAGGAUCGAAUGACUAUUCAUCAACCUUUGCCAGCUUAGGAGGUUCGCUUGGAUCUCAGUUGCCGGAGCGUUCGAUGAAUUACGGGUCCAUGUCGGGUCGGCUGCCCCCUUUGAUAGGGGCGCCUCCGCAUGCAGUUUACGCUCCGCACCACUCGGGAAUCCCUCAGCCUGCGCCGUCGUUGUACGGCCACCAUUCCACCUCGCAUGGUAGUCGCCGCGUCCACGAGCGCGAUCUCUGUCCGAUCUGCGACCACGAACUUCCUCCCCUGGGCGCCGACGGGAACGAGACUCUCCGGGAAGCCCACAUCCGGGGGUGUAUCCAGAGUCACGGCCGACAGACGCGCUCGCCGUCGCAAAGCGGUAGUCCGGUCUCGCAGCCCGCGUUGCCGGUGCGCAUGCUGGCGUUCACGGCGACGGAGAAGGAUUGUCUGGGCCACGACGGGUCCACGCAGGAAUGUACCAUCUGUAUGGAGGAUUACGAAGUUGGCCAGGCGCUGGUGCGUCUGGAAUGUCUGUGCAAGUUCCAUAAGCGAUGCAUCGUGGAAUGGUUUGAGCGGAAGAAGGAGUGUCCCGUGCAUAAGGUCUCAUGA